AUGUGUGGGGGGAGUAGCCGUGAGCGGCGGCCGACACUGAACCCUUUCAGGGACGGCAUGCCACUGAAUGCGCUGGACAUGCUGCUGCAGCAAUCUCGGAAAGGCAAGUCUAUCGCGCUGAGCCAAUCACGGAAAGCGAUGUACGCGGUAUACAACAGUGAAGAUGCCGACAGCAGAGAGCAGAAACAUUACCUCAUCAUUACGCUGUUUAAUCUUCACUGUCCCGUCAGUUUCUCUGCCUCAUUCUCUAGUGGGACCAUCACAGUGCUCUCCCCUUGCCCCCUGCAUGGGUACCUCCAUCAGCUAAGCGGCUGGUAUGGAGGCACCCAUACGUGUGUGUUCCCGGCCAUUCCGGCAGUGGCUAUGUGCAUUCAUAGCUCUGCGGAAGAACGGGGAACUGAGGAUUGCUUCAAACCAGCAGCAGUGACGAGCGCCGGUCACAGUGGUGUGCCUAAACCUUACCACCUGCGGCAGGUGGCCGAUUGGGAAGGGGAGCGGUUAUGCAACCUGGCACAACCUGCCAGCAUCUGCCCAGCUCCUGGCAACCAGUGUUGGCAAGAGUACCUUAGACAAAAACUAGACGACAACGAGCACUUAAUCCUUGCAAACACAUGUGGACAGAACAAGACGGCGGUGAUGGAGGUGUUUCUCCUGGGGUUUGGUGAUCUCCGAACCAUGAGGCCUUUCAUUUUUCUUUUGUUCCUUAUCCUUUAUCUAACCACAGUAACAGGUAACAUGGUAAUAAUAGUCUUGAUAGCUGCCAGCCCAAGACUCCAUUCUCCCAUGUACUUUUUUAUCUGCAACCUAUCUGCCUGCGAAAUGUUUUUUACCACCGUAAUCAUGCCAAACCUGCUGUACAUCUUAUGGUGGAAUGGUGGUCACAUGACAUUCUAUGGCUGUAUCACUCAGCUCUAUGUGGGAUCUGCGACAGGUAGCGCAGAAUGUCUCCUGUUAACAGUUAUGGCGUAUGACAGACACUUGGCCAUUUGCAACCCUUUAAGGUACUCCUCCAUCAUGAACAUCAACACUAGGAACCAUCUUGUUGUUUGGGCUUGGAUGACUGGAUACAUAAUUUUGGUGACAUCAACAAUUAUAAUCUGCAACUUACAGUUUUGUGGUUUGAACAUUAUUGAUCAUCUGUUUUGCGAUCUAGCCCCAAUUCUUCAGUUGUCUUCUUCAGAUACGUCAGUGGUGGAGAUGGAAGUUUUUUUAAUUCUCAUCAUUCUUAGCGUCUUCCCAUUCGUCUUGAUUAUUUUGAGCUACGGCUCCAUAUUUUACACCAUCCUGAGAAUUUCCUCCAAAACAGGAAGACAGAAAACGUUUUCUACAUGCAGUUCACAUUUAGCCUCCGUCUGUAUGUACUUCGGGACAAUCUUCAUCAUUUAUUUGGUUCCUUCUCAGCAAAACUUUAUUAAGAUAAACAAGAUGCUUUCCCUUCUGUACACUGUUGUGACCCCUCUUCUAAAUCCAGUUAUUUAUAGUCUAAGGAAUAAGGAAAUGGUGGAAUGUUUUAAGUAUUCUUUAGCGCUCAUUAAUAUACACUGA